GCAAUGUGUGCCGUGUGUAUUUUUCUGCAAGGUAAAGGUGCGAUAUGAACAUUUAUAAACACAUGAAAAGCGGCUUAUUACUGUGUUAUGCCAGUAGAUUAAAGUUUAUAUAUAUAUACUUACGAUUAUUAGGAUGCUUUAAAGAUUUGGAACAAAAGUUUGUGUCUAUUAUUUUAUAAAACUUAUUUGUAACGUACACUUAUCAGACAGAUGCUAAUGUGCUUACCCGACAAUCACUAAUUAACGAUAUUGAUACCUUUUUUAGAUUGCCUAAAACUGAGUUAAACUAUAAAAAGCGACCUUUAAUAGCCAUAGUGUUGAUUAAAUUGCUGAAUUAGCAAGAAAAUGGCUGUUCGUGCGCAAUUCGAAAACAAUAAUGAAGUGGGGGUGUUUUCCAAACUGACAAAUCGCUACUGUCUUGUUGCAAUUGGCGGUUCCGAAAAUUUCUACAGUGUUUUUGAAUCGGAGCUUGCUGAUGUAAUUCCAGUUGUCCAUGCAUCAAUUGGUGGCUGUCGCAUAAUUGGAAGAAUGUGUGUUGGAAACCGCAAUGGUUUAAUGGUACCGAAUUCUACAACAGACCAAGAACUGCAACACAUUCGUAACUGUCUCCCAGAUGAAGUAAAGAUACAAAGAGUAGAAGAGCGACUGUCGGCUUUAGGAAAUGUGAUUGCCUGUAAUGAUUACGUUGCACUUGUUCACCCUGAUCUUGACCGAGAAACUGAAGAGAUUUUGGCUGAUGUGUUAAAAGUAGAAGUUUUCAGACAAACAGUAACUGAUCAAGUUUUGGUGGGAAGUUACUGCUGCUUUAGCAAUAAAGGUGGACUGGUUCACCCGAAAACUACAAUUGAGGAUCAGGAUGAGCUUUCCUCACUCAUACAAGUCCCUCUAGUGGCUGGGACAGUAAAUAGAGGAAGCGAGGUGAUUGGAGGGGGAAUGGUGGUGAACGAUUGGUGCGCUUUCUGUGGACUAGACACAACAAGUACAGAGAUUUCUGUUAUUGAAAGUGUGUUUAACCUUGGGGAGCAACACUCCUCAGCUAUAAAAAACAGAAUGCGGGAUUCUUUAAUCGAUGCAAUGGUGUGAUGGGGGUUGUAAUGACAAUUGUUUUAAACUGUUGCCAAAUUUAAUACUGAUGUUCCUUGUUUGUUUCAAAUAACAAAAUUAUGCUUCAAAAACGGAACUGGCCUUUUCUCUGGUGUUGUAUUUUAACCUGUUAAAUCAACAUUCAGCAAUUUUUAAUUUUUGGUUUAAUGUCAUUACUCGUUAGUACAAACAAAAGUUCCUGAAAAAGUUGGAAUACUUUAAAAUACAACUGUCUUUUAUAUGCUAAAAUAUUCACUUUCAUGCACAUGCACCAACUUCAAAGUUAUUAAUAUUAUAAUUUGAAUGUACAAACUUAAAAGCAAUGGCAGAUAAAAUAAUACAAACAUGCAUUGGUAAAG